ACAAGAAAAAAGCAUCAAGAGACAAAGUCAUCAAUUUCAUCACCUUCCGCCACUGCCGUCCUCCUUCACGCUGUAAAUCACUGCCAGUUUCUCAACCGCUUUCGUCCUUUGAGCUCCUCCAUCCUCUGCGUUCUCUCCGUUGUAUUAUCAGAACCUUGACCAUUAACAACUGCAUCUUGACCAAAGUUCUAUUCGGUUCUUAACGUGUACUCGGGGACACACUGAGCUCAUCAAAGUAAAUCUUUGUCAGCCUCGAGACGGUCAUCUUUCUUUUUCCGAUGGCAAACUCAUUGCGGUUAUAUCUGACGUGCAUAAGAAACACUCUUGAGGCCGCCAUGUGUCUCCAGAACUUCCCUUGUCAAGAAGUUGAAAGGCAUAACAAACCAGAGGUUGAACUAAAGACCAGCGCAGAACUUCUACUUAAGCCUGUUUUGAUUUGUCGAAAUGAAGCUGAAAGGUGCUUGAUAGAAACAUCUAUUAAUUCACUGAGGAUAAGCCUCAAGGUAAAGCAGGCAGAUGAGCUUGAAAACAUAUUAGCAAAAAAGUUCCUCAGGUUUUUGUCAAUGAGAGCCGAGGCAUUUCAGGUACUUAGGAGGAAGCCAGUACAGGGCUAUGAUAUUAGUUUUCUCAUAACUAAUUAUCAUUGUGAAGAGCUGCAGAAGCCGAAACUUAUUGAUUUUAUAGUACAGUUCAUGGAGGAUAUCGAUAAGGAGAUCAGUGAACUCAAAUUGUCAGUAAACACACGAGGGCGGCUUGUUGCUACCGAGUUUCUAAAGCAAUUUGUCUGAUGUUUAAUGAGAUUGCAAUGCAUUUAGUUAUAGCAUCAAGUGGAAGAUCUGAUCUGUUUUGGUCAAUGUGUAUUCCUUUAAAGCUUUCUCAUGCAUUUCUAAAGAUACAAGUGCUUCAUAUAGCACACCCUUCUAAAGAGACAAGUUAAUAGUGUAUUAUAGAUUUGUGAAGUUACCAGUCUCCUACA